AUGCAUACUGUGCGGAAAGAACUUCAAUCAAAAACCAUCCUGAAAAGCCACAUACGGAUUCACACCGAGAGAAAACCUCACGCGUGUCCUCAGUGCGGAAAAUGCUUUUCGUAUAAACAGCACCUCGUCGACCACGUGAGAGUUCACACCGGAGAGAAGCCGUUCGCCUGCAAACUGUGCGGAAAGAGCUUCAUUCAGAAACAGAACCUGAAAUACCACAUGUUAGACCACAGCGGAGAGAAACCGUGCACACGUGCUCUCAGUGCGGAAGGAGUUUUAAAACACAAACACCUCGACGACCACAUGAGGAUCCACACCGAGAGAGACCCUUCACCUGCCAGCAGUGUGCAGAACCUCAAGUACCACAUGAUAAGUCACAGCGGAGAGAAGCCUCACGCGUGUCCUCAGUGUGGAAAGAGUUUCAAACACAAGCAGCACCUCGACGCCACACACGAGGACCCACACCGGAGAGACCCUUCACCUGCCAGCAGUGGAAGAGCUCACGAAAAGGGAAACCUCAAAAACACCUGA